UCCGCCAUCUUCCUGCGGCGCGUUGCGACAUGGAGGGCGCGAUGGCAGUGCGGGUAACGGCCGCGCAUACGGCAGAAGCCCAGGCCGAAGCCGGGCAGGAAGCGGGCGAGGGCGGGGUCGCGGCGGCGGCGGCGGCCUUGGCCCCCGGUGGCUUCCUCGGCCUCCCGGCGCCCUUUAGCGAGGAAGGGUGCUGGCCGGAUUUGCUGAUGGCCCCAGUAAGAUGCCCAGCACACAGUAGGGGACUCAGUGAGCCGGAAGUCUCUUCUGCAGGACCUGGGGCAGGCACUGGCUGGUCAGCCCAGAUGGUGAGGGGCUCAGAUGAGGAUGACGUGCACCGAUGUGGCCGCUGCCAGGCGGAGUUCACCACCUUGGAGGACUUUGUUCAGCACAAGCUCCAGAAGGUCUGCCAGCGGGUGCCCCAGGAGGCCCUGCCUGCCACCACUGCUGCUGCGCUGCUGGGUCAGGAGGUGGAGCCAGCAGCAGCAGGCUCAGAGGAGCCCAUCACCGUGGCCCACAUCGUGGUGGAGGCAGCUGCUCUCACGGCAGACAUCAGCCAUGCUCCUGACAUUGUCGGUGGUGGACACAUCAAAGAGGUCAUCGUGGCCUCUGAGGCGGAGCCGGGGGACAGCGGGAUGGCAGAGGCCCGGGGCAGCCCCAACUGUCAGGGGCCUGGGCUCUCAGGGGAGGGUGAGCAGGCCCAGGUCAAGCUGCUGGUGAACAAGGACGGCCGCUACGUGUGCAUGCUGUGCCACAAGACCUUCAAGACGGGCAGCAUCCUUAAGGCCCACAUGGUCACCCACAGUAGCCGAAAGGACCACGAGUGCAAACUGUGUGGGGCCUCCUUUCGGACCAAAGGCUCACUCAUCCGGCACCACCGGCGGCACACAGAUGAGCGCCCCUAUAAGUGUGCCAAGUGUGGGAAGAGCUUCCGUGAGUCGGGUGCGCUGACCCGGCACCUCAAGUCUCUCACCCCGUGCACUGAAAAAAUCCGCUUCAGCAUGAGCAAAGAUGUGGUUGUUGGCAAAGAGGACACUCCCACAGGGCCUGGUGCCUCCACCGUGGGGACUGUUACAUCAUCGGCAAUGACAGGUGGGCCCAUGGAAACUUCUCCUGUGAUUCACCUGGUGACAGAUGCCAAGGGCACGGUCAUCCACGAAGUCCACGUCCAGAUGCAAGAGCUUCCCCUGGGCGUGAAAGCCCUCACCCCAGAGCCCCCCAGCCCCGAGGAGCUUCCCUGUUCCAGCGAGGGCAGCCGUGAGAACCUGCUGCACCAGGCCAUGCAGAACUCCGGCAUUGUCCUUGAGCGGGUCCCUGGGGAGGAGGGAGCCCUGGAGCCAGCCCCUCCCACUGUGUCCAGUCCCCAGCCCCUGGGAGAUGGUCCCCCAGAACUGCCGCUGCUGGAGGUGGAACAGGUGGAGACACAGGUGUCCAGUGAGGCCUCAGCUGUGCCCAGGACCCACCCGUGCCCUCAGUGCAGUGAGACCUUCCCAACGGCAGCCACCCUGGAGGCCCACAAAAGAGGCCACGCAGGGCCGAGGCCAUUCACAUGCCCGCAGUGUGGCAAGGCCUUCCCCAAGGCCUACCUGCUCAAGAAGCACCAGGAGGUGCACGUGCACGAGCGCCGCUUCCGCUGUGGGGACUGUGGGAAGCUCUACAAGACCAUCGCCCACGUCCGCGGCCACCGGCGUGUCCACUCAGAUGAGAGGCCCUACCCCUGUCCCGAGUGUGGCAAGUGCUACAAGACCAAGAAUGCCCAGCAGGUGCACUUCCGGACACACCUGGAGGAGAAGCCGCACGUGUGCCCGUUCUGCAGCCGAGGCUUCCGGGAGAAGGGCUCGCUGGUACGGCACGUGCGGCACCACACGGGCGAGAAGCCCUUCAAGUGCUACAAGUGCGGCCGCGGCUUUGCUGAGCAUGGCACGCUCAACCGGCACUUGCGCACCAAAGGGGGCUGCCUGCUGGAGGUGGAGGAGUUGCUGGUGUCCGAGGAGAGCCCCGCAGCGGCCGCCGCCGUCCUCGCCGACGACCCGCACACCGUGUUGGUCGAGUUCUCAUCCGUGGUAGCCGACACCCAGGAGUACAUCAUCGAGGCCACUGCGGAUGAUGCAGAGACCAGCGAAGCCACGGAGAUCAUUGAGGGCACCCAAACGGAGGUGGACAGUCACAUCAUGAAGGUAGUGCAGCAGAUCGUGCACCAGGCCAGCGCCGGGCACCAGAUCAUCGUGCAGAAUGUGACCAUGGACCAGGAGGCAGGGCUGGGCACAGAGGCAGCUGCUGCCGACACCAUCACUAUCGCCACCCCCGAGAGCCUGACGGAGCAGGUGGCCAUGACGCUGGCCUCGGCCAUCAGCGAGGGCACUGUGCUCACGGCCCGCUCGGGUACAAAUGGCGCCGAGCAGGCUACUGUGACCAUGGUUUCAUCGGAGGACAUUGAGAUCCUGGAGCAUGCGGGAGAGCUGGUCAUCGCCUCGCCGGAGGGCCAGCUUGAGGUGCAGACGGUCAUCGUCUAACACGGGCGCCUGCAGGGUCCCGGGGGGCUGGGCUGGGGCAGGGGGCGAGGACCCCGAGCACCCUGCCCCUGCCUGCCUGGCCGAGUACAGAGAAGAUGGGCAUAGAACUCAGGCAUUCAGAGGAGAUGCGGAAGUGUAAAUACACAGAGUUUUUGGUUGCUUUACAAUAAAACAUGAAAACCCGCCGCUUGUGAUGUUGCGGCAGUGGCAGCCUCAGGGGCUGGUGCCACUGCCCUGGCAGGUUCCUCUGUGGCAGCCCCUGCCUGCCCAGGGAUCCCAACAGGGCUGGUGGCACCUUGGCAGUGUGUGGGUGUCAUUGGUAUGUGGACAGGUAGCCUCCUCCUGCUGCCUUGCCUAGCUGGAACUGUGACCCCAGCUUCCUGAGGCCCGUCGAGGUGGGUGGGAGGGGAUGCUGCUUCCUAGCCUCCAACCCUGGGGCCUCCCUGGGGCCGGGGAAUGAGGCUGGGAGACCCAGGAGUCUCGGCUUUUUACCUUGAGGUGACAACGUGUGGAGAAGCAGCAGGAGAUGCUGGGCCACAAAUGGGGCCGGUCUUUCCUGAUUGUGUUGCCUUAGUUUCCCUGAGGAGAUGCAGCUUGAGGGAGAUUCUGGGUGACCUAGUUUCUCGGGGGCAGGGACAGGAGCAAGACCUGGACCGUGGGCAUGUCUGGUCCUCUUUCCCAGUCCUGAUGCAGCUCUUGGGCUGGCAGGGCCUUCUGAGUCCCUGUUCUGACAGGCUUGGGGGCCCAAGAGCAGUCUCAAGGUGGAUCCCCUGCCACCUUGCCCUUUGGUGGGGGGGCGGUGGUCUCUGUGGGAAUGGGAGCCAGGAGUUACAGUGUCCAAUUCGUGGAGGGGGCGGGACCCAGUGCAGUCCUGGCCCCUCCCUGGACCAGGGCUUCAAAUACUCACGGAGCUGGGGCACCAGAGCUGCUGCUAGACGAAGCCCUUGCAGUCUGUCCCGUGCCACAGACACACCCCCAGCUGGGACCUCUGACUUCUACUGGGACCCAGAUCCUAAGCCUCUGACACAGCCAAUCCACAUCCCUCAGGGGCUGCUGGAGACGCGGUGCUGCGCAUCGGAGCUUUCAACAUCCGGAGCUUCGGCGACAGCAAAGUCUCGGACCCGGCCUGCAGCGGC